AUGACAGGAAUCUUUACUUAUCGGAGUUUCUCCAUGGGAAAUACAUCGGCGUUAAAUGGACGGGUGGCUGUGAUGACAGGUGGCCAAGGAGGCAUUGGCAAAGAGAUCACCGCCCAGCUUCUCGUGCAUGGAAUAGAGAAAGUAAUCAUCAUUGCCAGAAGUGAAGACAAAUACAUCACUGCUCGCGAGGAAUGGAAACACCGCGCAGGCAUUUCACUCGAGAAUGACACUCGAACUGAGUUUGUCAAAUGCGAUCUGGGGGACAUUCAGGAUGUCAAAUCCGCAGUUGAGAAAAUAAAACAAGUCACAGACCGGAUUCAUAUACUGGUUUGCAAUGCAGCCAUCAGUGUUCAAAAUGAAUACAAGCAUUCACCCCAAAAUAUCGAACGUGUAUUCGCGACAAACUGCGUCGGACACCAAGUCCUAGCCACAGCACUCCUGCCUCUGUUGAAGAACGGCGUGAUGCACGGUAAUGACGUGCGAAUUGUCGUGACUAGCUCAUCGUUCCACUUUUGGUGCCAGCAGCUCGAUAUGGAUCUUCUAUUCUCAUCGUCACGCGUCAAGUGGCCUGCCUUGUACGAUGGGAUAUGGCGGUAUGGACGGUCAAAGCUGGGUAACAUCCUAUUUGCCAAAGAGCUCAGUCGGCGGCUCCUGGAUGAUCAAGACCCAGCGAGCAAACAGAUCUAUGUCAAUUCGUUCUUCCCGGGAAACAUUGUUACUGAACAAUGGCUUGCGUGGAAUUUUUCUUUUGGAAGUUUCCUAGGUUGGCUUAUAAGAACGAUAGGGUCGCGUUUGGGCCAGAGUGUGAGGGAUGGAGCUGCUACAGCUUUAUACCUUGCUGCUAGUUCUGAGGUGCGAGAGCGGAAACAUCGUGGCCAGUAUUUUAUACCGAUCGCUACUCUAUGUAAGCCCAGCGCGAUAUCUGAAGAUAUGAAGCUCGCUCGAGAUCUGUGGGAUUGGAUCGAUGUCCAAGCUACAGAGUCACUGGGAUUAGAUUGGCAAUAUCGAUAG